AGUACGGUGUGGCUGCGAGAAGCAGAGGCUGGAUGGAAUAUGGUGCUCCCUCCGAUGGAAAUGGAAUGAAACACGGUGCAGUUGCCCUGCCCAUUCCCUGUGCAUAAACAAUGGCAUCCCCCGGGGCACAGAGAGUGAUGGCAGACCAAUCCAUUGUCCGGAGACAUGCCGGGCAAGACUUUGCUGUUCUACCCUGUAAUCCUAGCCAGCUUCUCGACAGCCACAGAGAAAGGAAGGUGUCCUUGGACUGGGUUUCUUUGGGAGGACUUUAUUUCAAUAAUUUCAACUUCGAGUUUUCAGCUUCACUGUAAGUUUCAACAAAUUGUUGAGGUGAGUUCGAGAAGUGUUUGGCUUACGCAUGAACACCAGCUUCUAUAAUACAAUUGAUUUGUGUGAGUUUACUUAUUAAUUACCCUUGAUGAUUAGUGGGGUGUCACGAGAGAACCGAGCGUUAUAUUGUGUAACCGGUGAUAUAGUGAGUUUUUUUUGUGCAACUUUACGAGUAGACAUGAAAACAAUGUCUGUGAAGCACCACCAGAGAGGCUUCAUGAAUUUCAUGAGGCUCAUCCCUAGUUUUAAUUUUUUUUCCAAAGCUAGAGCUCUUAGAAUUAGACCUGUUUGGAUAGAAGAAGCUGUAACGAACUCAAUUUUUUUUUGAAGUGAAACCCUCCCAGACAUGCCCUUGAUCCACUGGGUAACUACCAUAUUUUUUUGUUGUAUAUAUUUUUUAAAAAAAGAAUAUAUGGUUUAGUGAAAGAAAUAAAUGUAUUCGUUAUCAUGAUGAAAUAUUGAGCGGAUUUUAUUCAAAAGCUAUAGAAGACUAUAACAGGAUGUAUAUAAGCCAUCUCAUUUAAUAAUUUUAAAGAAAAUACGAAGAUGAUCCCACAUUAUUUAUGCAAGAAAGCAAAUAGCUAAGAAAAUUUCACAAAUACAUGUACUCAUAUACGUGUAUAUAAUUCUCAAGGAAAACAUGUCCCAAUAUAUGUCUUGACCUUCAUUAAACUAGUCAACAUAUUCAUGGUUACGAUCAGUCAUAUCCAUUCAACAACCAACAAUUGGAAAUAGCGAAACAAUUAGCAGUAUGGUAUAAAGGGCGUCAUGCUUAAAAACAUGAAAAAAAUAAAUAAUUUAGCUAGAUGUAAAGGGCAUAACGUAAAUAUAAAUAAUUGAUGCAUACAAAUGGCUAUGCUUACGCGUGCAUAUAUUUUUUCCGCCUCCGUCACUUUUGAAAGGGCAAGCCUAGCAACAGGGUGGUUUAUAAAAGGCAAACCCUCAGCCCAUACUCCCGCAAACCCACACAGAAACAGAACCUCGUUCGUCGUCUCCCCUUAGCACAUGCAACCAUAUCUUCAGCUAGCUUCUGCCUGCCUCGCCGCCACCACCACCACCACCCUCUCUGGGAACCUUCUUGUCACCUCGGAGGCCAUGGCUCCCAUGGCCUAUAUAGCUGCCUGUGCCGCGGCAUUGUCGGCCUUCGUAGCUCUGCUCCACUGGGCGUACCGAUGGAGCCACCCCAGGUCGAGAGGCAGGCUUCCGCCGGGCUCCAUGGGCAUCCCUCUCCUGGGCGAGACGAUGCAGUUCUUCGCGCCCAACCCGACCUGCGACGUGUCCCCGUUCGUGAAGGAGAGGGUGAGGCGGUACGGGAGCAUCUUCAAGACGAGCAUCGUGGGGCGGCAGGUGGUGGUGUCGGCGGACCCGGACAUGAACUACUUCGUGUUCCAGCAGGAGGGGAAGCUGUUCGAGAGCUGGUACCCGGACACCUUCACCGAGAUCUUCGGCCGCGACAACGUCGGCUCCCUGCACGGAUUCAUGUACAAGUACCUCAAGACCCUGGUGCUCCGCCUCUACGGCCAGGAGAACCUCAAGGCGGUGCUCCUCGCCGAGACGGACGCCGCCUGCCGCGGCAGCCUCGCCUCGUGGGCGGCGCAGCCCAGCGUCGAGCUCAAGGAAGGCCUCUCCACAAUGAUAUUUGAUCUUACCGCCAAGAAGCUGAUCGGCUACGAGCCGUCCAAGUCGUCCGAGAGCCUGAGGAAGAACUUCGUGGCGUUCAUUCGCGGGCUGAUUUCUUUCCCCGUCAACAUCCCCGGCACGGCCUACCAUGAAUGCAUGGAGGGGCGGAAGAACGCGAUGAAGGUGCUCAAGGGCAUGAUGAAGGAGCGGAUGGCGGAUCCCGAGCGGCGUUGCGAGGACUUCUUCGACCACGUGAUCCAGGAGCUCCGCAGGGAGAAGCCGCUCCUGACGGAGACCAUCGCGCUGGACCUCAUGUUCGUGCUCCUCUUCGCCAGCUUCGAGACCACGGCGCUGGCGCUCACCCUCGGCGUCAAGCUCCUCACCGACAGCCCCAAAGUCGUCGACGCGUUGAGGGAGGAGCACGACGCGAUCGCCAAGAACAGGAACGACCCGGAUGCGCCCGUCACGUGGGCCGAGUACAGAUCGAUGACCUUCACGAAUCAGGUCAUCAUGGAGAUGGUGAGGCUCGCAAACAUCGUGCCGGGGAUAUUUCGGAAGGCCCUGCAAGACGUUGAGAUCAAAGGCUACACGAUCCCGGCGGGGUGGGGUGUCAUGGUGUGCCCACCGGCGGUGCACUUGAACCCUGACAUCUACGAAGACCCGUUGGCGUUCAACCCAUGGAGGUGGCAGGGAAAACCUGAAAUUACCGGUGGAACGAAGCAUUUCAUGGCGUUUGGAGGUGGGCUACGAUUCUGCGUCGGGACUGACCUUAGCAGGGUCUUGAUGGCAACAUUCAUCCACCACUUGGUUACAAAGUACAGUUGGAGGACGGUAAAAGGAGGGAACGUGGUCCGGACCCCCGGUCUCGGCUUUCCUGAUGGCUUCCACAUCCAACUCUUCCCCAGAAAUUGACUCUUAAUCUCUGACAAGGGUGUGCAUGUAAUUAAAUACGGAGGGCUUUAGGUCACGUAGGGACAACAGUGAAGGAUGGUGAAUCAUUCAUUUAUUUUUAGUCUAGUGUUAGGAUAGACAUCACUAGAUACAACUUCAGUCGUAUUGCUAGGCGCUAGCGCUACAUCUAAUCCUUGCAAGGGGUUUUUGUACUUGGCUGUUUUGUUUUCCAUGUGGUUAGUCUUCUACCCAUGUGUUGUACGUAUAUCUGAUUAUACAUGUCUAAUGAAAGAGGAAUACAGAACAUCUGAACAUA